GAUUACUUCUCUCUAAGUCAGAGAGUGAGUGUUGCAGGCCUCCAGUUUCCUUAUCAGCACUCCGAAUGCACUCCUGCUGUGCAAUGUUUUUUGACAAAACCAAAAGAGGCUGGCCUUUUUGUGUGCUUUGCUUACUUUAUACACCUUUUGUCAAAACAACAAUACCACCAUUUGCAUUUCAGACCAAUACGUGCUUUCAACACCACAAAGAGAAAGUAGAUAUGCAGUUGGCUGUUUGAACUGAAGCGCAGUACUUGAACAGGAAGCUCUGUUGUAUGUGGUUAGCCAAGCAUUGCAAUGCACUUGGCUACAUACAGGAAGUGUGUAUCACUCAUUGGUCUCCAGUCUGAAAAACGGUUAUUUUGCCUGUCAGCCUUUUCCAUCACGCAGCAAGAAAUUUAUCUCAAAAUGGCCCAGGGAAAGGACCAAUCCUUCGCCAGUCGCCUUUUCCAUAGACGUCGUAAGAGUAGCCAAGAGCAGAAGGGACAAGAGAGUGAGGUGCCUCAUAUAUCUGAGUUCUCCAUCAUGUGGGAUACGUUCAUGAAAGAGUUCUUAGCUAAAGCCAAAGAAGACUUUUUAAGAAAAUGGGAGUGUCCACCACAGAGCACAACUGGCCUGGAUGACUUUGACAGGUUCAAGACGCUGGGCACUGGUUCAUUCGGGCGAGUUAUGCUUGUCAAACAUAAAGAAACAAAUCAGUUCUACGCCAUGAAGAUCUUGGAAAAACAAAAAGUGGUAAAGUUGAAGCAGAUAGAACACACGCUCAAUGAGAAGAAGAUACUACAGGCCGUCUCUUUCCCCUUCCUUGUCAGAUUGGAUUACUCUUUCAAGGACAACUCAAACCUCUACAUGGUGAUGGAAUAUGUGCCCGGUGGAGAGAUGUUCUCACACCUCAGGCGUAUUGGAAGGUUCAGUGAACACCAUGCAAGAUUUUAUGCAGCUCAGAUCGUACUCACCUUUGAGUACCUUCACUCCUUAGACCUCAUCUACAGAGACCUGAAGCCUGAAAACCUGCUCAUAAAUCAACAUGGUUAUAUCCAGGUCACAGACUUUGGCUUUGCCAAAAGAGUAAAAGGCAGGACCUGGACAUUGUGUGGGACUCCUGAGUACCUGGCUCCAGAGAUCAUCCUCAGCAAGGGCUACAACAAAGCUGUGGACUGGUGGGCUCUCGGAGUUCUCGUCUAUGAAAUGGCUGCUGGUUACCCUCCCUUUUUCGCUGAUCAGCCGAUCCAGAUCUACGAAAAGAUUGUGUCUGGCAAGGUACGAUUUCCUUCUCACUUUUGCUCCGACCUGAAGGAUCUGCUGAGAAACCUGCUCCAGGUAGACCUGACCAAGAGAUUUGGCAACCUGAAGAAUGGUGUGAAUGACAUAAAAAAUCACAAGUGGUUCUCCCAAACAGACUGGAUUGCCAUCUAUGAGAGAAAGGUUGAAGCUCCCUUCUUGCCGAAGUGCAGAGGUCCAGGAGACACGAGCAACUAUGACGAUUACGAAGAGGAAGACAUUCGUGUCUCGCAAACAGAAAAGUGUGCAAAAGAGUUUGCUGAGUUCUAGUAAAUGGGCAAGAGCCCCGCCAGGCUCACAUGUUUCGGGAUAUUUGCACUCUCCUGAGGGUUACGGGGAACUGAGGCCAUCGCGUGUUCAAAACAAAUGCCUCGUUCCUUCAUUCCACACAGCUGAAUGAGGUCCUUCUUGCCAUGAUCCUGCGUGCAGUAAGCACUAUUCUAUACACGGGCACAUUAUGCAGACACCCCUUGUGCUGCAACACAAAAAAUACUAGACCACGUUCUCAUCAUUUGUCUUUUAUUCCUCUGUUUUUAGUUUUUUUCCGUAUGCCGCUCCCUUCUCAUUUCGAUUCAAAUAAUGAUUUGUAAAGCAACAUGAAGACUAAUCUUAUGCCCAUUUUAAAUGGCACGAAAAGUGAAUGAUUGUAUUCGCUGGUAUUGCACAUAUUGUCAUUUAAGCUUUGGGGAAAUGGAAGGGAUUGUUUUGGUUUGCAUCUCUGAUGAUGAGUCUUGCCAGUUACGUGUCGUCUGUUCCAGGACUGGGUGUGUUUUAGGGUUCAGUUUAUUAUUCCUCAAUCAUGAACACUUUAACAUGAACCAUUAAUCAUCAUUCUGGUGUCCUUAUGACCUAGAAGUGUGUGUUUGUGCAUUUAGAUAUAUACACAUAUUUGAGACGUAUAAUUUUCAAACACUUUUUGUUGUUAUAGCAUGGCCAAAUUUCAAACGAAGAAACUGGUGCUUAGUGAAAGCAAAGCAACACUGAAGGCUUCUUGAAGUUUCUCAGUUUUAGCACCCAGACAUUCAGUUCUUGAAGUGAUGAAUUAACAGUGACGAGUGUUAUUAUAGAGCAGAAACUUGUCAGUGCUGUAUUAGCUCAAUUGUAGCAUUGUUUUAUCGAUAUCUAGUCACAUCUCAGACUGGGUGUGGAGUUUAAUGAAAAGAAUGAGAUUAUAUAUUUUUCAGGGACAACUCUUGUUUCACAAGGAAGGAAAACUAAAGGUGUUCACUCCGCACAACGGGGUCUUCUGUUUUUGGUACGUCCAAUGUAUGAAGUGUAUUGACAUGGCAUAAUUGCUGAAAGAUCAGUUUGUUCGGAUUUCUUGAGAGUAUGUUGCUGUGGAUGCGAAGCAGUGUUGGUCACAUGGACAUAUUGUGUCGGUUCUGGGUUUCUUUCCGAUUUUGUUUGUAAAUUACACCAUGCUCUGAGAAGACAUGUGCAACUGCCAUAUUUGUUUUAUUUUAAAUUUUACUUUUGCAUGUUUGUUACGUUUGUACAGCAUUGUCACAACAAGCUAAUAGUGCCCUGAAGCUUUUCCCAUAUUUUUAGUUGUUGUGUUUUGUUACCUUUUUAAAUAGUUCCAUAGCCUGGGAUGUUGAUGCAUUAGAUCUUAGAUUUUAUCUGAGUGACAUAUUCCUCUAAAUAAUCCCAAGGAAGCAAAACUAAACCAUUAACCAUGAAAUAAUAACUGAAAUCCUUUAAGUAUUCAUCUUGGUCACCACUUGGUUGAAACAUACUUACCUCAACUAUAGCUUGUAGUCUCUUUGCAUCAUUUUUAACCAAUUUGUACACUGUGAUGAAGCAAUAUUUGCUCUCUCUUCCUCGCAAAAUGGCUCAGGCUAAGUCAGGUCAGUUAGAAGAAGUUAACAGACAAAAAUGUUUUUGUCUUGUUACAGAUUUUCAAAGGGAAUAAGGUCAAAAUAGUCUGACUUUUGAAGAACAUUUUCAUUGUAAAUCCCUCCUGUUAAGUUAUUGUCUACACAUAUGUAAUACAUACGUUAUCCCCUCAAGAGAUAUAGGUUUUCUGAGGGAUAUUUCUAUUCAAAGCACCACUCAUUUCCCCUGAAUUCGGACACAUUGCCUGUUCUCGCUGCUGAAAUGGAGUCCCUGCCUCUGGCGUGACUCGUUGAUAUGUGUAUUUGACAGGCGAUUAGAGAAUUUGUAUGUCAAAAGGUGUAAUACCUACAAGGCCAAGGUGUCCACUUGUUGAACUUCCAGAAGUCAGAAAAGACCUGAUCGCUCUUCCUUCUGUGAUCUUUUGAUUUCCUCGAGUGAAGUUUGUCCCUGCCGUCCACAGGGAGGUCAGAGUUUGAGGUCAUUUCUGCAGGUCGGACACUCAGGGUUGUGGGGAAAUGAAAGUGUUACAUUUCACAUCGUGUUGGAAACAAUAAUGCAUUGUUGACUGUCUUUACAUUUCUGAAGUUUAGAUCAUUAUUUGACAUGGUGCUCAAGUGUCUGGAUGAGAAAAAUGCAAUUUAAUCAAGUUCAACAAUCUUAGACAACCAAAUGUGAAAACGGUUUGGUGGCUGAAUGCUUUUAUUUCUUCUUUUUUAUAGAUACUAAUGUGGUGUAUAUAUUUAUUGGCUAAUGCUGAAUUAAAACUUCUUUUUUUCAUAAAUUUAACACAUGAUGACAUUUGAUUUAGCCCCGGUUUUAUUUCUAAAGGCGCAACUGUUUUUAUGCUAUGUUUAUUUAUAUUAGAGAUAUCUAAUAAAAUUACAUUUUAAAUGUU